AUGGCGGCCUCCUCUGCAUCGGGUCUCCUCGCCACGGCGGCGCUCGUCGUGGCGCUCAUGCUCAGCGGCACGACGACGACCCUCGCGGCGCGCCAUCUCGCCGACACAACCCCGGCGGCCGCGCCCGCCGCCGUCGUUCCAGGCAUUCCCGCCGUGCCGAAGCCGCCCGUCGUGCCCACUGUGCCUGCGGUGGGCGCCCUGCCACCGAUUCCCGCCGUGCCGACGACGGUGCCUGCGGUGGGCGCCGUCCCACCGAUCCCCGCGGUGCCGGCAGUCGUCCCUGCCGCGACGACCUUGCCGCCCAUGCCAUCGGUGCCGGCGGUCCCAGCGGCGACCUUGCCGCCGAUGCCCAAGGUGCCCGCCGUGCCGAACGCCGCCGCGUUGCCUCCGAUGCCGGCCGUGCCGAAGGUUACCCUGCCACCCAUGCCCAAGGUGACACUGCCGCCGAUGCCCUCUAUCCCCGGUGUGCCGAUGCCUUUGUUGGCGCCACCUCCUUCGGCCUGA